AUGGCUCAACCUCUUCGUCCACCACAAUGCUACUGUGGAAAAUUAUGCAUGAUGCAAAGUUGUUGGGACGGUGGUGAAGCUGGACGCUGCUACUGGCACUGUAUGAACCAGUUUUACAAGGUUCCGGGCGAACCUAUUUGUGAGUUUGAGGAAUGGGUUGAUGAACCAUGUUAUCAGGAAUAUUACAAAGAAAAACUGCAGUUUCUUCAUAAUAUGUGUUUACGCCAACAGGAAACACAAAGCGAAAGCGAUAGAACUAUUGCAGAAAUGAGGGCGAAACUGAAGGAGGUGGAAGAAGAAAAAUUGAAAGCACAAUGGAAUUGUGAAGCACAAAAUGAACUUUGUUUUUUGGGUGUGUUAUUGAUGAUGGCGGGAGUGGGAGAAAAAGAAGUCGAGGAGUACGAGAGCGAUCCGGAGGAAGCAAAGAUGUCGUUGAAGAUGAGGAGGAGAGAGGCAAGUAGUGAUGAUGAAGAAGAGAGCGAAAAGACAGAAAUGCCCUCAAGGAGGAUUGACGACUCUGAUGACGAUUCAGAGGAAGGACAAGGCGCUGCUGCUGAAUACGACUAG